GAGUGAACUCUCGCGAGAGCCUCCGCCAUCUUUGCGUAAGCUUGUGUGUAUUCGUUUAUUGGGAAAACUAACUGCACUAAAAUCAUGGGAAGAAAGAAGAAGAAGCAAAUGAAACCUUGGUGUUGGUAUUGUAACAGGGAUUUUGAUGAUGAAAAAAUACUCAUUCAGCAUCAGAAGGCGAAACAUUUUAAAUGCCACAUCUGUCACAAGAAGCUGUACACCGGCCCGGGACUCGCUAUUCACUGUAUGCAGGUGCACAAAGAAACAAUUGAUGGAGUUCCCAAUGCAAUACCCGGAAGAACAGAUAUUGAACUGGAAAUUUAUGGGAUGGAAGGUAUUCCAGAGAAAGACAUGGAGGAGAGACGAAGGGUUUUGGAGCAAAAAAACCAAGACACUCAAAAGAGAAAGCUGAAUCAGGACGAUUCUGAUGAAGAGGAUGACGAUGAUGAGCCGCGUUCCUCUUUCCAGCAACCUGUUGCUCGUCUGCCUCAGGCCGGUUUCGUCCCUCCUUUGACUCAGCCUGGUUUCCUCCCUGUCCGUGGUGCUCCAGGGAUCCCGCCAGCUGGAUACUCAGGAAUUCCCCCGAUGAUCCCAGGUGUUCCCCCAAUGAUGCCGGGGAUGCCUCAUGGAGUGCCUGGAAUGCCUCCGGGAAUAAUGCCAGUAGGUGGGAUGAUGCCACCCAUGAUGCCAGGCAUGCCAGCAGUCAUUCAUCCCUCGGUUAGUCAUCGUCCUGGGAUCACACACAUGCCUCAAGUUCCCUCUGUGAAUGUCCUGACCAGACCUGCAGUUCCUGCUGUCGUCACUCCAUCAGCUCAACCGGAUAUAACAAAACCACUCUUCCCCAGUGCCGGGCAGAGUCAGCAGACAGUAUCAGGAUCCCCCCACACUCCGCCGUCCACCACAUCGCACACCCCAAAGCCCACAUUCCCCGCCUACACUCAGUCCUCUGCAGCUGUAGCCAGCCCCAAUGCUGACAGCAGUACAGUCUCUAAGCCUCCCUCUGCUGUGACCAGUAAGGCUGCCACCCUCACCACAACCAGUGCAACCAGUAAGUUGAUCCACCCAGAUGAGGAUCUGUCACUGGAGGAGUUGCGGGCUCAGCUGCCCAGAUAUCAGUGCAGCAUUCGCCAGAAAACCCCCACUGCCCCAUCAGUGGCUCCUGCUGCUGUCCUGCCUCCUCAGCAACUCUCUGUGGGGAAUCCCAUACCCGGUCAGUUUUCCGGCCCACUCCGGGGAUUGCCGGGUUACGUUCCAGGUCAGAUGCUUCCAUUCGUGCAGGCCCAUGCUGGGAUUCCCCCAGGAUACCAGGGAGUGUCGUCUCGGCCACCCAUGGGCGUGAGACCCCCCGUGAUGUCCCCUGGAGGUCGCUACUGAAGUCAGCCUUCCUCUCUUCUUCCAAUAGGUUUGGACUCAAGCAUUUUCUAUAAGCCUUCAGCUGCUAGCAGUAUUGCUAUUGUACUACUGCAGUAUACAGAUGACUCUACCGCUGAAAAAUGAGGAAGAGAAGCUGAAAAAAAACAAAAAAACAGCACAAGACCUACGAAGGCAUCACAGAACUCAUGGGAAAUAUUUACACUGUGUCUAACCACCGUAUGUACCACCAUUAUUCUGACCCAGUCCAUCUCUGUUUGUGGCUUUUUCCUCUUCUCAUGUUUCAUUCAGGUGUAUUGAAGUGUUGUAGAUAUGGUUCGUAGUGUUGUGAAGGCGCUGGAGUAACAUGGGCAGUACCCCUCCCCCCAAUACAUCAAGGCAAGUUUGAUGUGAAUGCAUAUCUGAUUUGAGCGAGGCCUUCACAGCACAUAGUGCUGUUGGACUCAGGUCCCCAACUUUUGUUUGGUGAGGGCUUCCAGUAAAUAUCACUGCUUGAUGCUGAUUAACCUGAAACGCUCCCUUAACCAUAAAUAGAUCGGUAUUUAAUGAAACAGCAUGUGUAUUGUUGUGAAACUGUAUUCUAAUAAACUCUGGGAAAAAA